CGAUGGCAUUCACUCCCAGCUAUUCUUAGGAGCCUCCCAGGAGCUCUGCACAGCCUGGCCAGGCAGCAAGGAACGCAGCAGAGGAAGCCACCGCUGUCAGCACCAGUAUGUCUUACAGUGUGACUCUGACUGGGCCUGGGCCCUGGGGCUUCCGUCUGCAGGGAGGCAAGGACUUCAACAUGCCCCUCACUAUCUCCCGGAUCACUCCAGGCAGCAAGGCAGCCCAGUCCCAGCUCAGCCAAGGAGACCUGGUGGUGGCCAUUGAUGGCGUCAACACAGACACCAUGACCCACCUGGAGGCCCAGAACAAGAUCAAGUCGGCCAGCUACAACCUGAGCCUCACUCUACAGAAGUCCAAGCGGCCUAUUCCCAUCUCCACGACAGCGCCUCCCAUCCAGUCCCCGCUGCCAGUGAUCCCCCACCAGAAGGACCCUGCUCUGGACACGAACGGCAGCCUGGCGACUCCCAGCCCCAGCCCUGAGGCAAGGGCCAGCCCAGGCGCCCUGGAGUUCGGGGACACCUUUAGCUCCUCCUUCUCCCAGACCUCUGUCUGCAGCCCACUCAUGGAGGCCUCGGGGCCUGUCCUUCCUCUGGGUAGCCCAGUGGCCAAGGCCAGCUCAGAGGGUGCACAGGGCUCAGUCAGCCCCAAAGUUCUGCCAGGCCCCAGCCAACCGAGGCAAUAUAACAACCCCAUUGGCCUGUACUCAGCAGAGACCCUGAGGGAGAUGGCUCAGAUGUAUCAGAUGAGCCUCCGAGGGAAGGCCUCAGGUGCUGGACUCCUAGGAGGGAGCCUCCCUGUGAAAGACUUGGCGGUGGACAGCGCCUCUCCUGUGUACCAGGCUGUGAUCAAAACCCAAAGCAAGCCGGAAGAUGAGGCUGAUGAGUGGGCCCGCCGGUCCUCCAACCUGCAGUCUCGCUCCUUCCGCAUCCUGGCCCAGAUGACCGGGACAGAAUACAUGCAAGACCCUGAUGAAGAGGCUCUGCGAAGGUCAAGCACCCCUAUUGAGCAUGCUCCAGUGUGCACCAGCCAGGCCACUUCCCCGCUGCUGCCUGCUUCUGCCCAGUCGCCCGCUGCUGCCUCUCCCAUUGCGGCCUCGCCAACCCUGGCCACAGCUGCUGCCACCCAUGCUGCUGCCGCCUCUGCUGCAGGCCCUGCCGCAAGUCCCGUGGAGAAUCCGAGGCCACAGGCCUCUGCUUACAGUCCUGCAGCCGCCGCUUCUCCAGCACCCUCUGCCCAUACCAGCUACAGCGAGGGUCCAGCUGCCCCUGCACCCAAGCCUCGGGUCGUAACCACUGCCAGCAUCCGGCCUUCUGUCUACCAGCCAGUGCCUGCAUCUUCCUACAGCCCAUCUCCAGGAGCCAAUUACAGUCCAACUCCCUAUACCCCUUCGCCAGCUCCUGCUUAUACCCCCUCUCCUGCUCCCACCUAUACCCCCUCACCUGCACCUACAUACUCCCCUUCCCCUGCACCAGCUUAUACCCCCUCACCUGCCCCAAACUAUACCCCUACACCAUCAGCUGCCUACAGUGGGGGCCCUUCAGAAUCUGCCAGCCGUCCACCCUGGGUGACCGAUGACAGCUUCUCUCAGAAGUUUGCUCCUGGAAAGAGCACUACCACUGUCAGCAAGCAGACCCUGCCCCGGGGGGCUCCAGCCUACAACCCAACAGGUCCACAAGUGACACCUCUUGCCAGGGGCACCUUCCAGAGAGCUGAGCGCUUCCCAGCUAGCAGCCGGACUCCCCUCUGUGGGCACUGUAACAAUGUCAUCAGGGGCCCUUUUCUGGUGGCCAUGGGCCGCUCUUGGCACCCAGAAGAGUUCAAUUGUGCCUACUGCAAGACCUCCCUAGCAGAUGUGUGCUUUGUGGAGGAGCAGAACAACGUUUACUGCGAGCGGUGUUACGAGCAGUUCUUUGCCCCGAUCUGUGCCAAAUGUAACACCAAAAUCAUGGGGGAAGUGAUGCACGCUCUGCGACAGACAUGGCACACCACCUGCUUUGUCUGUGCAGCCUGCAAGAAGCCCUUUGGGAACAGCCUCUUCCACAUGGAGGAUGGAGAGCCAUACUGUGAGAAAGACUACAUCAACCUGUUCAGCACCAAGUGCCAUGGAUGCGAUUUCCCUGUGGAAGCUGGUGACAAGUUUAUCGAGGCCCUGGGGCACACCUGGCAUGACACCUGCUUCAUUUGUGCGGUCUGCCACGUGAAUCUGGAGGGUCAGCCAUUCUACUCUAAGAAAGACAAACCACUGUGCAAGAAGCACGCACAUGCCAUCAACGUGUAGGAGCCCAGAGUGGCUGGUGUGCCAAGCCCAGGCUGCUCCUGCUACUGAUGACGAAGGAGUCAAAGAAGCUGAUGUUGUUUCUUCUGGGAGGGAAGGGGAACGAGAGAAAAUGGUUGAGCCCUUUUGAAGUCUAACUUUAGUCUUUUCUUGUAUACACAGAUUGUGUAUUAUUGUAGUUCAGACUAGAAGCCAAAAGAAGAUUCUAAACCCAGCUAGUAAUUAAUCCACGGCUGGAAUUGGACUUCAGGUUUUGGGGAAAUGACUCCAAGAAAUCAACAGUGAAAAACAAACAAAAAAACAAUGUUAAAAAAUCAAAGACUCCCUAGCCAUGUCUGUUGCCAGUGUGGGGACAGAGCCCUGGGCAGUUAUGGAGGAUCUAAAGUGUGCAGCGGAGCUCUGGAGCGAUCCUUGGCAAGCACAACGAUGUGCCAAGCAGUGUUUGCUGUGCGGAUAUUUUUAGAGCCGGCACUGAGAGCUCCUUAGCUAAGACCCAUUGGGCUUUCCUCACCAAAAAAGGAAGAGUUGUUCCAUUAGCAUCACAGAGUUACCUCUGCACAUCAGACUUCAGAUGUUGAACAAACUUGAAACAUAUAAGGGGAGCCCAGGCGUCUGAGGCAAUGGCGGGCCACCACUGGGCAAGUGAAAAGGCUCCGGGGAGGUCUUUCGCUCACGCCACGGACAGGGGAGAAAAGAUGAGCUUUCUCUGCAUCUCCCCCUCUUUCCCUCUGAAAUAUCUAAAGUCCCUGGAAGGCUUUGCUCCUUUAUGAAUUGUUAAGGGAAAGUGAAAUUGGGUUUCUCCAGUUUUGCUUUACAAUGUAUGAGAAGAGGUUUGAAAAGGACUCUGGGUGGGGUUUUAGCCUUUGUUUUGCUUUAAGAGGGUUCUGAGAGGGAGUGUUCUGUGCACGUAUUUCACCCCCUACCCGCAACAGCUCACGAACAUCUUCCUCAGCCCCACCCUCAAAUAGGCUCAGUGGGAAAAAGAGAGACAGCAUCAAACAGGAUGCUAGAACGGGCUCCCGGGAGCACCUGCGCACAUGCUCAUGGAGAGAGGAUGCUCUGCUAACCUCAGGAAGAAUGCAUGGGCUGCAGGACCUCCCAUCUCCAGAGCUGCACCAUCCCCUUAACCUGUUCCUUUAAGUGCAGCACAGGAAGUAUAUACUCAUGCUGACUGCUGCAAGGAGGAAAAGCUGCAUUUGCCAUUUGGGCCAAUAUUUGAAAAUAGUUGACUGGCUUUAGAAUAUUUAUUGAAAUAGACCUGGCCUUCAGACUCUAUAACAAUACAGGUGACUCUUUUACAUAUACAUGGAAUUAGGUGAGCUUGGUAAAGCUAUUUAGAAGUAAAGAAAGUGGCUUCCCUUUUGGGUUUCGAGAUGGUGCAAUCACCUUCCUUUCUAGGAAGUGCUGUUAGGAAGGAUGUUCAUUGAAAAUGGUAUUGAAGCAGGUUGUGUGUAUGUGUGUGUGUGUAUGUGUGUGUUUCUCACUGGAGCACAGUAUGUAGGCACUGUACCAACCACUGCCCUUCUCUCCUCCAACCUGUUUUGGAUUUUCCACUUUGCACGGUUGAAAUGUUUUAUAGGUAUGCAUUCACACUUUUCUUCUUUUGAGAACUAAGACUUCCAAGAGAGCAUCCUCCUACUUACCGGUCUCUCCUCCCUGGAAGACUCUGAAUUAGUUAGACAUUGUGUAGUAGGAAGUCCAUAGUUAGUUUGGAAUCACCAAUUCCGCCCAGGCAGCACCAGGGAAGGUCAGAACUAUGCUCCUCCAAACAGCUCUUCUUUACUUUUUAUGCAAAGCUCCUGGCUGAGUGCAUUCUGCUGGGACAGCUCAGAGGUUUGUCCAGACAUGCAGAACAGUACCUUGUGUAGUCUGUUAUUUUUGGAAAUUUCAGAUAUUCAGGGACAAGGAGCUUGCUGACUAAACAGAAGGCUUCUAAGCAGUUGAUUUUUUUUUUAAUCUAUUAAAUGAUUGGGAACUGAUCUUGAGGAAGGGAAAUAAAAACCCCUGCCAUUACAUUUCCAAAAUGUCUUUUUAAAGGUUUUAUACAUGAUCCCAGACACUGCUCCUGUGUAAUCAUUAUCCUUUGUUGUAGGAUCCUUAAGAAGAUAAUCAAAAUAUCCUAAAGGAAAGCAUCACCAUUCUCCUAUGUUAAGUAAUUUAAAACAAAUAUUUAAUAGCUUACAUGUAUUUUUAAGUGACUCUUAUUUUUUAAAUACAAAACAACAUUUAGAGGCUGGGUGUAAUUCAGUGGUACAGAAUUGUCCUAGAAUUUAGGAUUCUCUAGCUUUGGUCCCCAGCACUGCCAAAAACCAAUAUAAAGGUAGCAGAGAAGAAGCCAGUUUCAAGAAUGGUCCACAGGGUGAGCAUGCAUAGUGUUAAGAUUAAGGCUGAAUGUCGAUAGGUUACCAUCACAUCUUUACUAGUGCAUAGGAGGAAUACAGUGUGUCUUGUUUUCUUAUUCUUGGCAUUAAUCUAAUAUACUGAUAAACACUCACCUUCUGAGUAGAAUGGCUUGUAUUGGCAGUGUUUGUGUUAGCAAUCUAGCCUUUGUAAUGUGAACUUUCAACCCUAGCAUUCUUGCUUUGGGGUCUUCUUCCUUUCUUUUUGGUAAGUUUUCUGAAGUUGGAAUAUAGUGUGUUAGAGGUGUGUGUAAAACUAUUUUGCAUGGUUUUCUUUUCCUUUAUUUUCCUUUUCUUUCUUUUUGGUCCGUGUGGAUUCUUUUUAGCAAAAUAAAAUUCAGAAAAAAAAAAGAUAUACAAAUGGC